UAUCCAUCCAAAUUUCUAACGAUGCGUGAAAUUAUCGCCCUCCACUUGGGACAGUGCGGCAACAAAAUUGCCCAAACGUUCUGGGAAACAAUUUGCGACGAGCACUGCCUAAACGAACGAGGUCAAUUUGUAGGCAAACACUAUCUCCCGCUGCAGCGAAUCAACGUGUACUUUGAGGAGGCUCCGUGCUGCAACUUUGUCCCGAGGGCAAUAUUUGCCGACCUAGAACCGGGAGCGAUGAUGGGACUAAGAUGCAGCAGGUUCGGGAAGCUGUUCUCACCGGAAAGUAUGGUCAACGGACUACUGGGUGCGGGCAACAAUUGGGCCAGAGGGUAUCACACGGAAGGGGCGGAAGUACUGGGCCGGAUCAUGAAUGUAGCAAGAAAGAUGGUAGAGGGUUGCGAUUGUUUCCAAGGGUUCCAGUUAGUGCAUUCGAUCGGUGGAGGUACGGGGUCUGGACUUGGAACGCUAAUUAUGGAGAAUUUGAAAGACGAAUUCCCUCGAAAGAUCAUCAACACCUUCAGUGUCAUUCCAUCGGAAAAGGUUUCCGAAGUGGUAGUUGAACCGUACAAUGCGGUGUUCGCUCUAAACACCAUGACAGACUGUAGUGACGAAACCUUCUGCCUGGAUAACGAAGCUCUGUACGACAUUAACAUGACGACGCUGCGGAUCGAGAAACCCACCCUGGACGAUCUAAACCACCUGAUCUCAAUGGCGAUGGCCGGAAUCACCUGCAGUUUUCGUUAUCCUGGUCAGCUGAAUUCCGACCUCCGGAAACUCCUAACCAACAUGGUUCCAUAUCGAAAAUUGCACUUUUUCGUACCGGGCAUCGCACCGCUAACGUCCAAGGAAAACCAAUGUUACAAAAACCUCUCGGUACCGGAAUUGGUCCACCAAAUUUUCGACGAGCGCAACCUAAUGGCAGCUUGUUUGCCAACGAAAGGUAAAUAUUUGACAGCGGCAGCACUUUUCCGUGGACGUGUUUCCACUAGAAGUGUCGAAGAGCAAAUGGCCAAUGUUAGACAGAAGAACAGCGCUUCUUUCUUACACUGGAUUCCAAACAAUGUAAAAACGGCUAUUUGCGACAUCCCACCGCGAGGUUUGAAAAUGUCUGCCACUUUCAUUGCUAAUACGACGGCUAUUACUCAGUUGUUUAAUCGCCUGUUGAAUCAAUUUGGGACUAUGUAUAGAAGAAAAGCGUUCCUUCACUGGUACACCGGGGAAGGCAUGGAGGAGAAGGAAUUCGUCGAUGCCGAGCAGAGUUUGAAGGACUUGAUCAAGGAGUAUGAAAGUCAAGAGGGUGAAGCUACUGCUGGAUCAAUGCAUGACGAUGAUUAG